UGCGACCGAGAAGAACGAAAGUGCCAGAGAGGGGACACAGCAUUCAAUGACAGAUGUUGAACAGUUUUCACCUGGAUAAAGUGAUUGUUUUUUGGACAAAUACGUUACUAUCGAACAACAGGCAAUUGCCUUACAACAAGAAUAAACGUGUGAGGAAGGGAAUGGUGAAGAUGUCUUCAAGAACAGAAAGACAAUCAACUUGUUGACAGUCAGUCAAGUGUUGAACUAUAUGAAAACAAACAGAUCGCUCAGGGAACGACAAGGGGACAACAACUACCAAUAGCUGACAUUUUUCAAAGACUGUGGUAUUACCAGCACUUUAGAUAACUAGUUGUGAACUUUUGCAGAGCUUUCUGUCUUUUCAGUCGACUGUCUCUCAGAUAGUGGCUAGCUAUGUUUCCUCUAGAUUCUACGUGGAACAUUUCCUUUGCAGGUUGUGGUUUCUUGGGGAUCUAUCAUAUUGGUGUAGCGAGUUGUCUACUGGAACAGUGUCCUUUUCUAGUCCACAACGCCCGCCACAUAUACGGGGCAUCGGCAGGGGCGCUCACCGCAUCUGCGCUGGUCACCGGAGCGUGUUUAGGUGAGGCAGGCGCCAACAUCAUUGAUGUGGCUAAGGAUGCCCGGAAGCGUUUCCUGGGUCCUAUGCACCCGUCUUUCAACCUGGUCAAGAUCAUGCGUAACAUGCUGUAUAAAACCCUGCCACCCGAUUCCCACCACAGAGCCACAGGGAGGCUGGGCAUAUCACUGACCAGGGUGACCGACGGAGAGAAUGUCUUGGUGUCCCACUUCAACAGCAAGGAGGAGCUGGUGCAGGCCUGUGUCUGCAGUGCCUACAUCCCUGUGUACUGUGGACUGAUCCCCCCGACACUGCAGGGUGUGCGUUACGUGGACGGUGGUAUCAGUGAUAAUCUGCCUCAGUAUGAACUGAAGAAUACCAUCACUGUGUCUCCGUUCUCUGGAGAGAGUGACAUCUGCCCUAGAGACCGAUCCACCAACAUGCAUGAACUACGAUUCACCAACACCUCCAUCCAGUUUACACUCACCAACCUCUACAGAGUGUCCAGAGCUCUGUUUCCCCCUGAGCCACAGGUUAUGAAGACCAUGUGUAAACAGGGAUAUAAAGACGCCCUUCACUUCCUGAAGAAGAACGGACUACUGAAUCAACCAGGACCCCACAGACCUCUGAUAGCUGACGGCGAGGAUGACGAAGAUGACAUCAUGAAUGAGGAUGAUGAUGAGGAAGAGCAUGAGGAGCAUCAUGUAGAGAACGAGAUCAGACCCAGCGAGGAUGGGGUAGUGGUAAACCCCUCCCAAUCCAAAUCCGCCAUUGAGGAUCACAUCUUUGAACAUCUGCCACCCAGACUACACAAAGCUCUGGUUGAAGCCUGCAAGGAGAGAUACAGUCUGGUCCAGUCGCUAAGCAACCUGCUGCCAGUCAGGAUGGUGACGGCUAUGAUGCUUCCCUAUACCCUUCCCCUGGAGUCUGCUCUGUCCAUGACUGUUAGACUGUUAGAAUGGCUGCCUGAUGUGCAGGAGGACGUGGGAUGGAUCGGAGAACAAACGAUUAAGAUGCUACAGUGUGCUGUGACACGGGCCACCAAGACUGUGUCCAACAGGGUCUCUGCAAAGUUUUCCUACCAGUUGGAGCUGCGUCACUGCCAGUCCCUGCCUGCCCAGCUCAUCCCUGCCAGCCUGCUCCCAAGAUGGGUGAGUGGAGGCAGCUCCUCUAUCCUGGAUGUUAUCAGUCGUUUGGACCAGUACCAAAGGCAGCUGCUGCCGGGCUUCUUCUGUGUUAACCUGGACCUCCAGGGUUCCUUCUACACCGGGGGUCCCACAGUCCCAGGAGGGUCCACCAGAGCUGGGGAAGGAGGACCAGGACCAGCCCUGUCUCUUACAUCCCCCAUCAUAAACCCAGAGGAGGUAGAGGGGAUGGGGCUGAUGAUGAGGAGGCUCAGUGAAAACCACAACUCUACUGCGGCUCUUCCAGCCUCACUAUAGUAAUAUAAUGUAUGCCAUUCAGGAGACACUGAGGGCCCCCUGGGGGGGAGGGGGGGGUGACCAUUUAGUAUUACAGACAGAUUCUAAUAAAAGCCAGGUAGACAGGUAGAACAGGUAUAACAGCCAGGUAGACACCUUCAAAUUAAAGGGACAGUACACCAACGUGUGUUGUCUCAUCAUCGAUGACACAGUGCCUUGUUCGCUAACAUUUGAUUCACUCACCUGCCCAUUGGGAUGCCGAGGAUACCCAGGAACCUACAAGGAGCCGCUGAUCUGCAUCGUGUCAAUGUGACUUUUACAAAACAUAAAAAAAUAUAUUCAAGUCAUUAAGAUAAUAAACAGUAAAAAGUCUUUACUGUUGACUGUUGAUACCAAACAUGUUCAAGGACUAGGGAUGUUAUCGAUGAACCGGUUAGCCGGUUAGCCCGACCGAAAAUACAUUUCACCCGGGUCAUGCUUAUCGGUCUAUAGGUUCAUUUGAAUAAUUUUGUGGAAUUAAAAUUGCCACGUGUGUAUUUCCAUUA